UUUUACGAAAUAUUUCCCAUACAUUACUAAAUAAAAAACGGUAAACCUAUGUAGUUCUUAAAGUUUAGCGAGGCAAUUGCCGCUACAUGCACGUAAGGCAACAAAACGUUACAAAUGAAACUUAUUUUGUUGAUUGGUGCGCUACUGGUGUCUGUGCAGGGAAUCCCAAAACCAAGGAGAACUAUUGAAGAUACAAGAUCACAACAAUUUAAUUCGCAGGGUAAUGAGAAUUCGCAGGGUAAAGCAAAUAUUGCAAGGGAUUGUAAAUCAAAGUGUGCGUCGAGUAUAGCACAAAAAGCUGCCGCCGAAGCUAAGGCUGCCCAGGCUGCUCAAAAUGCGGCAGGGGCUCAAGCAGCGCAUAUGGUGAAAACUCAGCUUGCCGAAAAGGCUCUACAGGCUGCUAAAGCUGCGGAAGCAGCUUUAGCUGGUAAACAGGCGGUUGUAGAACAAUUGCAACAAGAGGUUAAGGAGGCUGAGGCCGUAGUCUGUGAGAAUACGCAAGCUGUUCACCAACAGCAAGCUGCGGUGAAUGCUGCGAUACAAGCAGCACAGCAAGCCUCUGUCCAGCAUAAGUUGAUGUGUCAAGCUGUCCAGCUUUCUGCUCAACUAGAAAAGGCAGCUCACAGUGUACUGGAGAAGGUGAAGUGUGGUUUACAAGAAAAAUUUCAUAAUUUAUCAGAGUCGAGAUCAAGGUUAGCCCAUCUACAACAUAAGCUACAAUGUGCUUGUGCAGAAUGUGCAGCUACUAAACAAGCCGCCCAUAGUGCUUGCGAGGCCGCAAGAGCUGCUUGCGGGAAUGCUAGAAGGAAAAAACGUUUUAGUAAGAGGAAGGUUCCUGUAAAAAGACAAAUAAAGCGCGCAGGAUGAUUGAAAUGAACAUACC